CUAAAUUACAGCUGUGUCUUGCAAGAUUUGUUUGUGCGUAGAAAGGAAAGUAAAUUGCUGAAUUGGAAAAAGAUAGCAAACCGAGCCUCCCGAAGACCAGCAAACUGCCAAAGAAGACACGAGCUCGCAGCAGUAGCAGCAACAGCAGCAGCAGCAUGGACAUCAUGGACAUACAGGCCGUUGAGUCCAAGCUGAGUGACGUCACGGUGACUCCGAUACCCCGCUCCCAGGUGCAGAACUUUUACAACUAUCAGCAGCAAAGGGAGCAGCGCGAACAGCAGCCCCAAAUCCAGAUCUCGGCCAUCCAUCAUUCGCGCAGCUCUGGCUCCAAUUCCGGUUCCAGUUCGGCCGGCCAAUCGGCCACGGACUACUCAACGGGGGGCAGCGGGAAGCGGGAUCGCUCGUCGGCCAGCGACUAUAGCAGCAGCAGCAAGCAGAGCUCUGCGGCAGCAGCGAAUGCAGCCGCGGCCGCUGCUGUUGCCGCCUUGCAGUACUCACCGCAGUUCCUGCAGGCCCAGCUGGCGCUGCUCCAGCAGCAGUCCAAUACCACAGCCACACCGGCAGCAGCAGCGGCGGCGGCUCUCUCCCUGGCCAACAUUGCUGCGGCCACCAACGGAGCACGCAGCUCGGGCGGCGUGGCGUCUAACUCAAGCAGCAGCAGCAACGGCAACAGCAUGGGCCUGGGCCUUAACCUGAGCUCCUCUCAGCUCAAGUACCCGCCGCCCUCCACGUCACCGGUAGUGGUUACUACUCAGACGUCGGCCAACAUCACCACACCGCUGACAUCUACGGCCAGCCUGCCAUCACUGGGCACUGGAAAUGGAUUGACCAAGUACGCCCAGCUGCUGGCUGUCAUCGAGGAGAUGGGACGCGACAUUAGGCCAACGUAUACCGGGUCGCGCAGCUCCACCGAGCGACUGAAGCGUGGAAUUGUUCAUGCCCGGAUUCUUGUGCGCGAAUGCUUGAUGGAGACGGAGCGAGCGGCGCGCCAAUGAGAGGAGGAGUCCCUGGCGCCGCAUCUGGCGUCGCCGGAUUGAAACAGCCAGGCGUCGUCCGCAUCAUCAAUGACUAGGUUAAUCUCCCUGAUCGGAACAGGAUGUGUCGAUAACAAGUAUGAGCCGUUUUCCAAUUUUUAAGUGGACAAAUGUACGAUUUUGUCCCUUUAAGGUAACAACAUUAUAUUAUCUCUAUGGAACAGUUUGAUUUAUCCUUGUAACUUAACUAAACUUAACCUUGUCUUCAGAACUUUUUACGAUUUUCCUACAUUAUUUACGGAAUUAAAACCCUCUAAUAUCCGGGUAUCGACACAUCCUAAUCCCAAAGUAUGUUCCCCAAAUUAAGCAUUAAACUGUAGCGAUAUACUUAAACUAACUUGUAAGCAACCCCUCUCCCUCACUGACCUGACCUGACCUGAUCCCAUUUCCAACAUAAACGGCUCUCGGGCCGCUACCGGACCAUAGUUAAAGAAUGUUUAGACUAGCUCAGGUUACGAAUCGGUUAAAUCUAUAUACGCUAUAUGCUCCUUUCGUUCACCUUUUACCACAAUACAUAUACUAUACACAUAUAUAUUUAUAUAUAUAUAACUGUAAUCGUAGAUUUAAUAGGAGGCACGCACCUGAUGCUGCUGUCCAGAGAUGUGUGUGUCUGUGUGUGAGUGUGUAGAGAGUGCUGUGUGAAUGCGAUGGAGAGGAGCAGCCACACGGCCUGGAGAUGUGGGAUCGUUCGUCACUGCCGCCGCCUGGGGUCAUCCCUCCUCGUUAUUUUAGACAACUAUACAAAUUCAAAUAGAGAUAUAGCAGAGAGAUAUAUGUAUACAUCAUAUAUACCCUAUACAUACUUGUUAUGCAAGCAAACAAACACACGAACCAUGUGCAUGAUGACGAAUGGUGAACCUGCAACAAAUUUAGUGGCAAUUGACACGGAGAAUCUUUAUAUAUACAUCUAUAUAUGCAUAGGACAACAACUUGUAUAUUUACUGAAUGUAUAAGACGAGCAAAUACGACUAAGUUCAAGCCUGUAUACCAAACCGAAACUGGACAUCCAAAUCGAAAUAAAUGCGCAAUUUUGGUUUUUGUAAACUCAA